AGACAAUGAACUCUUGUAUGCGACAACGCAUCUUAAAGACAUUGAAUGAAGAAGGGUAGAAUUCACCAGCGCAUCUAUAUCCUACAGGCAAACUUGUCUUGAAGAUGUAUAAAUAUCUGCCCAGACGUGAGCAUCUUGAUUCUAGCUUUCUCAUCACUUCAGUCUCAGUCUCAGUCUCAGUCUCAGUCAGAGCAACAGCCAUCACCCACAAUGACAUCCAGACGCUCCCAGUUCGUCAAAGAGGUGCGCCCUGGAGCUUACUUCCAAGAGCCAGCAUACGUUUACACUGUCCACCCUGCUCAGACUCAAGAUCCGUUCCGAAACGUGCCUGCUCGCACGACUGAAGACUACAGCCACAUGUAUCCUCCCUCUUCAACUGCAACAAACGUCUUCAUUCCUGGCUGCUGCCGUCAUCGUCGCCGUGCAUCCCGGUACUCAAAGACCUGCGAAAGCGAUGGUUCAACCAAAAGCUAUGCUUCUUACCAAGACGUUCAGCCUGCUCAGCCUAUGGAUCGUCUCCCACCACGCGUCGCUCUGAAGCAACUCUCGGAUUUUCUUCACGAAGCUAGUAUCUUCUACAACAUGCAACUCAUGGACUUCACACGCGAGCAUCAACGCCAAGGCCACGACACCUCCAACGAAGCUCUUCGACAGUGGCUCUGGAACGACUGGACCCGAUCUCGCGAUAACCCUACCCGUGAGAACUUUACAUCUACAAAGGCGAGCAUUACACUCUUGCUUCGCCAGGUUGAAACCGCCAUUGCGACACCUUGGCUAGAGAACGCAGACCUAAACGCCAGGUUCGAGUUCAGCUACAGAGCUCUUAAGAGUUCUUGUGAUGAGAUUGUCAGGUUGUCAGGCAAGGUCAUGAGCGAUUGGCAAACUUGUCGAUUUCUGGCUGUCGAGCUCAAGAAUGCCCGUGUUUAUGCCAACCCGGAGGGACCUGUUCUGAGACAAUUGUUUGUGGGGUGGGAGAAGGGCGAGCCUUGGUGAUCCUAACGAGAAGAGAGGUCGUCUAAGUUGCUGGAGUUGCUUCUUUUGUCUCUUUUGUUGGAUGUUUUUAUGUGUUUGGUUGGAGUUUACCAGGAUGAGAUGUUACCUCUUGUAUCCGUACAGACAUUGCUAGGGCGACCAAUCGGGAAGACGGUGGAGUUUGAGCUUCAUAGCUCCCUUUCCCCUGGUCAAUCAGCCACGUGGGCCAUGCCGAUCACUCAUUCGAGAGUGGCUGUGGCGGUGCAAUACUGCCUGAUGUGGCUUUAACACCAACGUUGAUACGCACGAGUUAUGAUAGGAAGAUAGACUUGACCCAAUUAGAUGUUAGCCAAAAAUUCGC